AUGCCCGAAACCUCAACCUCAACAAUACUCUCGGACUGGUUGUCCGAGAAAACAAACCCCUAUCACCUCAAGGCCUGGCUGAGUCUGCACUUCGGAAUCGGGGGAUUCCAUGUCAACCGGUACUUCGGAGAGGAGGCGCGUGGUGUCGAUGGAAAGAUGAAGAAGAUGUAUGAGAUAUGGGCACCAAGGAAGAUACGGGAGUCUUUCCAUUAUGGGAAUUUGAAAUGCGUGACGAACGGCGGAAAGCUGCUGCAGAACGGAAAGCUGCUGCAGAACGGAAAGCCGCUGCAGAGCUGGACCAGCAACCAGAAGGAAGUAACUUUGGAAAUCUGGAAGCAACAUUUAAGACUUGCAAAUUAG